AUGGCCAUCUCCUCGCGCCUGGCGCUCUGGGAGCAGAAGGGAAGUAUCCGGGAAGAGGACCGGAGCCCGGCCCCGUCCUCCCCCCCGCUGCUCUUCUCCGUCAUUCCCGGAGGCUUCAUCAAGCAGCUCGUCCGGGAGACCGAGAAGGAAUCCAAGGAGGCAAAGCUGAAGAAGAAAACCAAGGAGAACGCGAAAGAGGACCCUCCGGGGACGGACGGCGCGGCCCGGGACACGCGUGCCGACGGAGGCGUGCCGAGCGCCAGGCAGCUGCUGCAGAACGGCCCCGGCGCGGGGAAGCAGGGAGGCGACGCCGCAGCCCCGGCCCUGCCGCAGCUGCCAGCGCCCGAGCCGGCCGCCCCGAGGACCGUCCCCAGCAAAGCCGCGGCGCCAGCCGCGCCGGUCCCCGAGCCCGCAGAGACCCCUCGGCCGGCGGCCCCCGAGGCCGCGGAGCCCCCCUGCACCCAGAGGAGCAGCCCCCCAGGCCAGGCGCCUCCGCGCAGCAGCCGGGGCCCCGCGAGGGACGGAGGUGUGCCCAGGAGGAAAGGUCCCGAAAGCGCCAAGAAGGAGAAGGUGGCACCCAGGAGCCGCGAGGAGCCGCCGGCCAAGGCCAAGAGGGAGCCGGGGCCGGCCAAGAAGGAACCAGGACCAGCCAAGAGGGAACCAGGACCGGCCAAGAAGGAACCAGGGCCGGCGAAGAGGGAGCCGGGGCCAGCCGAGAAGGAACCAGGACCGGUCAAGAAAGAACCAGGACCGGCCAAGAAAGAACCAGGACCGGCCAAGAAGGAACCGGAGAAAAUGAAGAAAGAAGCAGGAGGAGGCAAGGAGGAGCCAGGGGACGUCAAAGAGCCCAGAAAGGCUACGAAGGAGGUGCAGGGCUCCAAGGGGGAGCCAGGAGGCAUCCAGGGAAAGCCGGGAGCUGCUGUGGCAAAGGAGGUGGGGAAGGCUAAGGAAGAGGCUGGAGAAAGGCAAGAGGAGACUGGAGAAAGCACAGACCAAGACCAGGGGCCGAGGGACGCGUGGUACGAAGCCGAGAAAGUCUGGCUCGUGCAGCAGGACGGAUUUACGCUCGCCACGCAGCUGAAGCCGGACGUGGGGACCCCCGAGCUGCCGGCCGGCCGGGUGAGGGUCCGUCUGGAGGUGGACGGCAGUGUCACCGAGGUGGACGAGGACAAUGUGCACCGGACCAACCCCCCCAGCCAGGACUUCGCCGAGGACCUGGCGGCGCUGAGCAGCCUCAACGAGAGCAGCGCCAUCCACACGCUGCGGCAGCGCUACGGCGCCCAGCUGCGCGGCACCUACGCCGGGCCCAGCCUCGUCGCCAUCCGCCCCGGCCUCGCAGCCAAGGUGCCCCAGGCGAAGCGGGACGGCGCGCCGGGCCUCGUGUGCGCCAUGGCGCAGCGGGCCUACCGGAGCCUGCUGCUGCGGCGCCGCGACCAGGCCCUCCUGGUGCUGGGCCGCGCCGGCGCCGGCAAGACGGCCUGCUGCCGCAGCGCCCUCGAGUACCUGGCGGCCGCGGCGGGCGGCCCGGACGGCGCCGUCUCAGUGGAGAAGAUCCAGGCCAUGUUUACGGUCCUCGGAGCCUUCGGGUCGGUGACCACCAGCUGCAGCAGCAGCUCCACGCGCUUCUCCAUGGUCCUGUCGCUGGAUUUCAGCGCCGCUGGCCGAAUCACCGCUGCUCACCUCCAGACCAUGCUGCUGGAGAGAGUCCGCGUCGCCCAGCAGCCGCAGGGAGAGAGCAACUUCAACGUCUUCCCUCUGAUGCUGGCAGGCCUGGACGCGGCUCAGAGGACAAUGCUGCAUUUGCACCAGAUGGCUGAGAGCAACUCCUUUGGAAUCAAGCCAUUCGCAAAGCCCGAGGAGAGGCAGGCGGCCUCUGCAGCGUUCGCCCAGCUGCAGGCCGCCAUGGGCACGCUGGGCAUCACAGCGGAGGAGCAGCAAGCCGUCUGGCGGGUGUUAGCAGGCAUCUACCACCUGGGCGCUGCUGGGGCCUGUAAAGUCGGCAGGAAGCAGUUCAUGAAGUUCGAGUGGGCGAAUAAGGCCGCCGACGUCCUGGGCUGCGACGUGGAGGAGCUCACCACCGCCGUCUUCAAGCACCACCUCAAGCAGAUCAUCGAGCAGGUCGCGGCUCGGGGCAGCCGGCUGCCCCUGGAUGAGGACGGUCCUUCAGGGCCGAAGAUGACGGGCGUGGAGUGCGUGGAGGGGAUGGCUGCGGGCCUCUACGAGGAGCUUUUCGCCGCCGUCGUCUCCCUGAUCAACAGGUCCUUUUCGUCCCACCACCUCUCCAUGGCUUCCAUCACGGUGGUGGACACGCCUGGCUUUCACAACCCGCGGCAUCAGAGGAGGGAGCGAGCGGCCACUUUUGAGGAACUUUGCCACAACUACGUGCACGAGCGGCUGCAGGCCCUCUUCUACGAGAAAACGUUUGUCUCUGAAAUGGAGCGGUACAAAGAGGAAAAUGUUGAGGUGUCUUUUGAUCUUCCAGAGCGCUCUCCAAGGGCCACGCUGUCCGUCAUCGAUCUGAACCCAUCACAGCCGCAGGCGCUGCCCGGCGGUCCGGCCGCCGGUCCCCGGGGGCUGCUGUGGAUCCUGGACGAGGAGGUGCUGAUUCAGGGCUCUGGGGACAGUGCUGCCUUCGACCGCCUGUGCUCCUACUUUGCCAAAACAGGAGCUGACCCGGAGGAGGAACGCUACAUGCGCAAGUGCGAGCAGGUGCUGCAGUUUGAGAUCUUCCACCAGCUGGGCACAGACCCCGUUCGCUACGACCUCACGGGCUGGGUCAAGAAAGCCAAACUCAACUUGUCAGCACAAAACGCCAUCCAGGUCCUGCAGCAGUCCAAGGUAAACGCUCUGAAGGACCUGUUCCUGCCGCGGUCCAAAAUGCCCCUGCUUUGCCGCUCUGUGGCAGGUCUGGAGGGAUAUUCCCAGGCGGUCCUGCAGCGAAUUGGCUGCGUGAGGAAGACCUUCACCAACAGCUUUGCCGCCGUGAAGAGGAAAUCCGUGUGCGCUCAGCUCAAGCUGCAGGCGGACGCGCUCACAAACCUGCUCAAAAGGUCCCAGCUGCACUUCAUCCACUGCCUGGUUCCCGGAGCCGGGGCGGACGGCGAGGACGGCGCGGGACCUCAGCCCCCCGCGCCGCCCGACGGAGACCUGCGGCUGGACGUCCCGGCCCUGCGAGCCCAGCUGGCGGGUGCCCAGCUGCUGGACGCCGUGCGCCUCUACCGCACCGGUUACGCGGAUCACCUGCCCCUGACGCAGUUCCGGCGCCGCUUCCAGGUGCUGGCUCCGGAGGUGAUGAGGAAACACACAUCCGCCUACGAGGUGCCGGACGAGAGCAAGGCGAUAGAAGAGCUCUUCCAGGCGCUCGAUCUAGAGAAGAAAAGCAUCGCAGUAGGACGCAGCCAGGUUUUCCUGAAGCCGGGGGUCAUCUCCAGGCUGGAGAAGCAGCGCAACAAGCUGAUAUCCCAGAAAAUGAUCCUCCUGCAGGCAGCUUGCAAGGGCUUCCUCAGCCGGCAGAAAUUCAAGAGGUUGAAGAUUCAGCGCCUUGCCAUCCGGUGCAUCCAGAAGAACCUGGUGGUCUUCCAGGCUGUGAGGCAUUGGUCCUGGUGGCAGCUGAUGAGCCGCGUGCGGCCCUUGCUCAGCAUCAGUGUUGCAGAAGAUCAGCUCCGUGCCAAAGAAGAGGAGCUGGCAGCGCUAAGAAGAAAGCUGGAAAAAUCAGAGCAGUCAUGCAGUGAGCUCAGGCAGAACACAGAAAAGCUGGAAAGCAAGAUCAUCGACCUGACGACGGAGCUCGCGGACGAGCGCUACAAGGGCGAUGCCGCCUGCCAGGCGCUGGACGGGGAGCGGGCCGAGAGGCUGCAGGCCGUGCGCCAGCUGCAGGAGCUGCAGAGCAAACACGACCAAGUGCAGAAGAAACUGGAGUUGGUGGAAAAGCAGCUGGAGGAGACCCAGCAGCUGGUUCAGUUGCGCGAGAUGAAGCUCAGCGGCUCCGGAGGAGAGGACGAGUGGCAAGUGCGGUUCGAGUGCGCGCAGACGGAGAUCGGGUUUCUGCGGAAGCGGCUGGCCCAGCUGGAGGAGCGGCUGGAGGCCGAGCGGGGCUCGAGGACGGAGCUGGAGCAGAAGCUCGGCGAGGUGCAGGCUGCUUACGACGCUGCCAAGAAGGCGGCCCAGCAGAUGAGGAGGAAGUGCAAGCGGCUGGCCUGCGACCUGGAGGACGCGCGGGUGCUCACCGAGAGCCAGCAGAGCCGCAGCCACGAGCUGGAGAAGAAGCAGAAGAAGUUUGACCUGCAGUUGGCCCAGGCCCUGGGCGAGUCUGCUUUUGAGAAGAGCCUCCGUGAAAAAGUGACGCAGGAAAACACCAGCAUCAGAUGGGAGAUGGCCAAACUUCAGCAGAGCCUAGAGCAGAAGGAGGCGGAAGCCCGCGGGCUGGCGCAGCGGGCGGCCCAGCUGGCCGGGCGCGUGGAGGAGCUGAGCGCGCCCAGCGCCCGCGACGCCCGCGCCGUGCCGGCCCUGCGGAAGCAGCUCUGGGACCUGGAGGCCAGCGCCGCCGAGCAGCAGAAGGAGCUGGCGCGGCAGACAGCCGCUGUGGACCACCUGGAGCAGCUCCACCAGCGGCUCGAGCUGGAGGUUGAGCGGAUGAAGCAGAUUCACCAGAAGGAGCUGGAGGACAAGGACGAAGAGCUGGAGGAUGUGCGGCAGUCCUGCCAGCGGCGGCUCCGGCAGCUGGAGAUGCAGUUGGAGCAGGAGUACGAGGAGAAGCAGAUGGUGCUGCAUGAGAAACGGGACCUGGAAGGGCUCAUCGGCACCCUGUGUGAGCAGAUCGGCCACCGGGACUUCGACGUGGAGAAGCGGCUCCGGCGGGACCUGCGGAGGACGCGGGCGCUGCUGGCCGACGUGCAGCUCCUGCUCGCUGCCGCGGCCGACCCCGGCACCUCACCCGGCAAGGAGGAGCUGGAGAAAGCUCGCAGGCAGCGGGAAGAGAGCGAAGCGAGAUGUGCGGAGGCCCAGGCGUCUCAGAAGACGAUGGCCCUGGAGCUGGAGAACCUGCACACGGAGCUGGAGACGCUCAGCCGGAACAAGAACGCGGUUGAGGAGCAGCUCUACCAGCUGCAGCACGAGAGAGCAGAUCUGCUGAGACGCGUCGAUGAGGACCAGGAGGAUCUGAAUGAACUCAUGGAAAAGCACAAGGCUCUGAUCGCCCAGUCUGCAACAGAUAUCGCUCAGAUUCGGGAGCUGCAGACCCAGGUGGAGGAAGUAAAGAAGGAAAAACAAAGUCUUCAAGAGAAACUGGGGACGGCGGAGGCGAGGCUGGCGCAGCUGGGGCGCUCGACGGUGGAGCGGGCGCUGGUCGGGCGGCAAGAGGCUCGCGUCUGCGACCUGCAGAACCGGCUGGAGUUCCAGGCCGUGCAGAUCCGCCGCUUCGAGGUGCUGGUGCUGCGCUUGCGGGACAGCAUCAUCAAGAUGGGCGAGGAGCUGGAGAAGGCGGCCGAGUCGGAGGCGCGACAGAAGGAGAACGCCAAGUACUACCAGAUGAGGAUGGAGGAGAUGAAGGCGGACAUGAACGAGCUGGUUCAGAGGGAGCUGGAGUCCAGCCGCCGGCGCAUGGAGCUGGAGACGCGGGCGGACGAGCUGGCAGCGGUGCGGCAGGCGCUGCAGGCCGACCUGGAGACGGCCAUCCGGCGCAUCGCGGACCUGCAGGCGGCCCUGGAGGAGGUGCGGAGCGGCGACGAGAGCGACGGCGACAGCGUGCAGACGGCCCGGGAGUCGCCCUGCUCGAGGAGCGAGAUGGACGCCCGCUCCAGCCUGGGCUCGGCGCUGAGCCUGGAGCCGGACGAGAGCAUCCGCUCCUGGCUGGGCUCGGCGGCGGGCUGGUCCUCCCCGGCGGGGAGCAGCGUGGCCGGCAGCUUCUCGGCGCGGUCCGGCGGCAGCCGCAGCACCCGCAGCCUCAGGAUGGACAAAGAUGUCAAAGAAGCAGAAAUGAGCCGUCCAGCGUCAUCCCUCGGUGCCGGAAGGUCCGUUGAUGCUGCGGAUGCUGGAAAGGUUGCAAGUCCUUUGCUUGGUGCUAGAAGACGGGAAUAUGGAAAAGCUGCAGCAGACAGAGAGGAGCUGGAGAGUCAGCAGAGACCGGCAGAGAGCCGAGGAGUGACCUCUCCCGCUCCGGCGAGGAGAUGGACCUCUCCCGCCCCGGAGGGGAGGUUUCCCAGCCCGCUGUCUCCAACUGUGACAAGAAGGAAACUGUCUUCUGCAGCAGAAGACAAGCUCCCCAGCUCUUCAUUCGCACUGUCGGAGUACGUAGAGGAGCUGAGGAGGAAAAGGGCAACGGAAAAAGAGCAGGGAGCGCUGGGCUUGGAUGACGCCUCUCCCCUACCGAUUUACCAAACGACUGGUGCUUCAACCCUCAGACGCUGCAGGACUCUCAGGGAGGCUGAUGAUUUCCCUGUGAAGCUUGAAGCGAAUGAGCCAAGAGAAAGCGGAGGAGCGCCGGGAAGCCCUGGCCUCCUACGGUCCUCCAGCCUCAGAUGUGCGGCCUCGGAGAAGACGGAGCCGGCACGCUCUCCGGUGCUAAAACGCGUAUCGAAGUUUGGCUCCUAUGACUCACUGCUGCAAAAUAUUGAUAAUUCCUUCCCCCAGCUGAGCUCACCUGCUGCGGGAGCAGAUGCGCUCAGUGCUUCGCGACUCAGAUCGUGGAGAAGCUGCCUCGAGCCGUCGUUAGAGGAAGGAGAUGACGUCGACGUGGGGAAGGAUCCUCUGGUGUUUCAGAGCAAGCGGCUCGGCCCCGGCCUGGGCGAAGGGCAGGAGAGCGACCCGUUCAGCUGGAAGAUACCAACCCUCAACUACGAGCGGAGAACGAACGUCGACUUCGAUGACUUCCUCCCGGCCAUGCGGAAAUCGUGCUCGACGAGCAGCCUGGCCAAGCCCGGCAAGGACAGGAAGGACGGCCAGAGGCCGCUGACGGUUCGCUUUGAGGAUCAGGCCACAGCAGACGGUUCGGCCUCCUCCGAGAUAAAGCCGACGUCGAAGCCAAGCUCGGCGGCCAGGGAGGGCUCCGGGAACCUCUCCGACUCCUCCUCGUCCUCCGGCUCGGCUCGCUCCUUCCGGAGCGCCGACAGCAUCAAGCGCCGGCCCCGGCGGCCCGACGGGGAAGGGUGCAGCAGCGUCGCCGAGAGCCCCAGGGAGCCCAGGUGGUCGGAGGCCGAAGGCAAGGAAGACGAUGUAAAUAGUAUUAUGAAGAAAUACCUGGGAAAAGACUAAGUAUCCGGAAGCUGAGAGCCUACCUGAAGCUGUUAUAAUUUCGCAGCUGUUUGAAGACAGAGGCGUCUGUGGUUUUGACUGGCUCCGUGCGCCCGGAGACAUCGUCCUUUUCCCAGACGCGUCACGCUGGCAGGGCAGCCGGCGGUGCGGUGUGUGCUGCCGCGGGAGGGAGGCUGCACGCUGAUGUCUGCUUGGUUUUUACAAAAUAAAAUCUUUGCUUCUUUGA